AUGGUAAUUCAGACCUAUCAUUCAGCAACCGGAGAGCAACUCUCACCAGAUGUUGCAUCACGAUAUGGCGUUAUUCAAGAAGGAAAGAUCAAUGCCGGAAAGGACAAGGAAAUUCUUCCAUUCCUUCUCUCUCAUGAUGAAACCACACAAUUCCUCUAUGUUCCGAAUGAAAUCAAGAGUUCUCAACAAUCUCUCAACUCCCAACCUCCAACGCUUCAAAGUCAGCUUCCAAUGUUGGUUGAUCACAACUCGAUUUCUAAUACCAUGGAACGGGUUGAUGUAAUGGUCAAUGAGUGCAGACAAACUUGUCAAGUAACCGAUUCUAGAUGGAAGGAUUGUGAAGAUAGAAAGCAAAGAAGAUCAAUUGUUCAAUUGGCUAAAGAAACUCUUAUUAAUCACAUCAAAAAUACAACUUUUGCAAAUUAUUGUAAACUGUUGGUAGAAGAGACAGCCAACGUGGAAAAGUACAAGAGUGAAAUUCAACAUGUUACGUUUGAAGAUCUAUUUGAUAAUCUCACCCAAACCAAAACUAUCAACGACAUUGAUUUGAUGAGGGCUAUGCAAUUAGAUGAGAAUUCUCUUCGAAGUCUUAUUAAUACUGCCAAAUCCUAUGAGAAAAUGGUCUCAGUUCAACAUAAUUGUAAGGGCAUCAUCUCCAAACAAAUUGAUGAGUUAUCGAGAGAAGACAAUGAUGUUACAGAAGAGCUUCAGCAAGAUUUAACUUCCAUUGAAAAUCUAGUUAAAAAGCAAAAGGAGGCUUUGGACCAACUUUUGGUUCAUUAUGAACACGUGAAACAGUCAAAUGAUGAGUUGCAAUAUAUUAACUUUGAAUACACUGCCCAGAACACGUUAAAGGAAAUUGUUGGUUAUGAUACCCAAGUGAGAGAGUCUCAAUGUCUUUAUGUUCUCAGAGAUUAUGAACUUCGAAACAAGCUCAACCAGCAAAUGGAGAAAAUGUGCAGCAAAUCGAUGUUGACCUUAAUGGUUAAUUCUACUUCGUACUUCAACCAAGCAAGAGAAGGAGGCUCAUUGGAAAAGCUGGUGUUCUUGGUCAAGCUACCAGAAAUUACCUCCAAACUAUUGGGAGAAAUAAGAAAAAGAAGAGAGUUGUUUACUGAAAACUCUCUUAUCAAGAACUUUAGAAUAUUCACUGAUAUGAUCAAGACAUCAUGUGAAGAUGAAAAUCAGAGACGAGAGGAGAGCGAACAGGAAAUUUUGCGUAACCUCAACGAAACACAAAUCUCAGAGGUUCGUUACUUGAUCUCUGGAGUUAUUGGAGAACGCAUUCCAAUUGAAGCUGUGACUAAUGGUCUUCGCAAACUUGAAAGAAGCAUUGCGCGAACCAUUGACAUUAAUCUCCCUCAAGACAGUUCUAAAAUUCAAGACGAAAAUGACGACGACGACUUCUUUGUUAUAUCUCAAAGACCACAACAGUCCUUGUUGAGCUCAGAAUCUUCAAUUGAUAACAUGAGCAACAGUGUCAUGAUUGAUUAUGCCAUCAAUAAGACCAGCGAAGGUAUUGAAUCUUUUAGAAACCAAAACUCCUCUCCAAAACCUGCUUUUAGAGGCGAACAACAAUCUAUUCCAAAUUCACUUUAUCAAUCCUAUGUAGCUGAUAGUCAAGAAAAUCAUAACAAGAUGAAUGCUUUGCAAGAAGAAAUUUCCGCUCUCAAACAACAAAUAAUAGAAAACGCCAUGUACUUCUCAAAGGAGAAAGACGCUCAUCAACAACAAAUUGAAGACUACCAACGACAAUUUGAGGAUGCUCAUUUGCGCUAUGAACACUUGAUGGAAGAGAAUAAGCGAUUGAAUUCACUACUCGCUAUGGAGCAAGAACAAAAAGCCAAUGAAACCCAACAGCUCCAACAAGAGAUCAUCAUUUUAAAACAAACGAUAGAUGCUACCAAGCAAGUUGCUGAAGAAAAAGAAUCCAACAUUCAACAAAAUGCAAAUCAAUCCAAAGUUUUGCAAGAAAAACUUGUGAUGCUGGCUACCCAAGUUCAAGCACUGAACUCUGAGGUGUCGUUCAAGAACGAUCAAAAUACCCAAUUGACAUUGGACAAUGAGAAACUGUUGCAAGAAGUUGCUAAGCUCAAAGAAUCUCAAUCUCAGUUAACUCUUGCUAACCACGAAAAAGAGCAGGAAUGUAUGGAUUUAUUACUCACGACAAGAAAACUUGAAGAGAGCAAGAAUCAAGCUUUUGAUGAAAUUUCAGAGCUCAAGAAGGAAAUUGAAACAUUGCAACAACAGUUAGAGGAAGCACACAAUUAUGGAGAUUCAAAGUCACGUGAAUUGGCCAUUCUCCAAAACAAGCUAGAGUCGUGCGUGAACGAAUUACAAUCUCUUGAGACCGAACUAAAGGGAGCUAAACUUGGAGAAGAAACCAAGGCAAAGGAGUUGGACGCUCUUCGAAAAGCUUUUAACGAGAAGCACGAUCAAAAUUUGCAAGAUACCAACAAGGUUGCUGAUCUUGAACAACAAAUUCUGUCACUCACUACUGAGUACGAAAAGAAAUUACAAGUACAAGCAAUUGAAAAUCAGAACCUUGAAUUUCGAUUGGAAGCAAUCAAGAUACAAACUGAACAAUUACAGACCGCCAAUCAAGAACUUACCCAUCGAUUGAAAGAAAAAGAAGAACAACUUUCGUCAAGAUCAACAAUUUCAAGUGCUGAAGUUGAAAAGCUAAAGAAGGAAGCUAAGGAAUCGUCGAUUAAGGCACAAAUGUAUGAAACCGCUGCAUUGAAGGGAGCUACUCUCAUCACAUCUCUCCAAACCCAACUUCAACAGAAUCAACAAAAGUUGAAAGAGCAAGAAGAAUCUUUUAAAGCCAUUCAAGAAGAAUAUACUAAGCUUGAGAAGAGCUACCUCAGAGUGGAGGAAAACAACAAGCAAUCAUCCAAGACUUUUGUUUCUUUGGAACCAGAGUUAAACGAUAUGGUAAUUUUCUUUAGAAAUGGUCAAUCCAAAGAUUUGUUCUCUGCCAUAAGUAAGAACCCACAUCGUAUCUACAUUGCUCCAGAGUCCUUAUCCUUGCUCAAAACAAAAUAUUCUUCAGGCUUUGAUUCAUUACAUGUGGUUGUUGGUAAGAUUGUCUAUUUAGAAGAGGCGGGCCCAACCUACAAUCCUCUCAAUUUGCAAGGUCCAUAUUCUGUUGCCCUCAUUGAAGAAAUUAUGUAA